AUGGCGAGCGACUCGCCGCCACCGCGCGCCGCAUGCGCGCCGCGCGCCACGCUGCUUGCGGCCGCGGUGGGGUUGUUGUCGAUCGCGGCCGCAUCCUCGUUGAAAUCGCUGCUCGAUCAGGACGAUCACACGCUGAGGCCGCAGCCGGGCACGAAAAUCCCGAAAGCCGCGUUCAUGGUCAAUGUCAAGUGGCUCGAGCGCUGGGCGAGGGACGCGUGGCGCGAGAGCGGGCUCGAGCGCACGGACGCGGCGGCCGCCGCACUCGCUGCGACUUUUUCGCGCUCCAAGAAGCUCACUCCGGACGCCGAUCUCGCGCGCUUCCUCGAGGCGUCGGCGGCGACGAGCGCGAGCCGGCGCGGACGCGUGCUCACGCGCCUCAAGUGGGCGGCGUUCUAUGCGCUCCAGCUUCACCUCGGCUGGAGCCGCACGGACGCGAGUGGCUUCCUCCGCCUCCAGACCCUCUACGUCGCGUCCGAGGAGCAGUUCCGCGCGCUCCUCGAACACGCCGUGCUGCAGGCCGGCCUCGCCGACGCCGCCGCCGGCGCGCCGGCGCGCUCGCUCCUCGACAUCGGCGCGGGCACGGGCACCGAGACAGCGAAGCUCGCGGCCGCACUCGGCGUCGCACCCAAUGGCGUGACGGCGCUCGAGAGCUCGUGGGCGCUGCGGCGCGCGCUCCGCGCGCGUGGCUUCCGCGCGGCCGCCGCGCUCGACGAGCUGCGCGGUGCGCCGCCGUUUACGGCCGCGGCGCUGCUCAACGUGCUCGACCGGUGCGACGAGCCGUUGGCUGUCGUCGACGCGGCGGUCGCGGCGGUCGCGCCGGGCGGCGUGCUCGUGCUCGCAACCGUCCUCCCGUUCAGCGCCAAGGUGUUUGAGGGGCGCAUCGGCGGGCGGAACGCGGCGCGCAAGCCGCGCGAGCCGCUCGAGUUCACGGGGGGCGCGUGGCCCGCGAAAGCGCCGGCGUUCGAGCAGGGCGCCGUCGCGUUUCUCGAUGCGCUCGUGCAUCGCCAUCCGCAGCUCGAGCUCGCGAGUUGGACGCGCCUUCCCUACGUCUCGUCGGGCGGCGUCAUCAAGACGCACACCUACCUCGACAUGGCGCUGAUGGCGUUUCGCGUCAAAAUUUGA